UGGCCGCCGCGCCGCGUGCCCGCCUGCCUGCUAGCCCGCCUGUCUGUCAGCCCAAUCUCUGGAGCGCUCCGACCGUCCCGGCCCGCGAGGACCCUGGCGAGGACCAGGAGCAUGGUGUUGUAGCGGCCGCCCUGCAGCAAGGAGGAGACGGACGAAACGAGCAUGGUCUGCCCGCGCGUGUCGGUCUGAGAGGCAGACAGUGGCAGCCUUUGCCGUGCCUCCGCGUUACGUUGCUCCCCGUUCGCGGAAGUGGAAGUAGCAGACGACGCGGCUGCGGGAACCUGCAGCAACCUGCGGCUAUGAUUGGAUUACCGUGAAGCAGGAUCCCUUCCAGGAUCCCUUCCAGACGGGCAUGGCGCCCACCCAGGCCGUGAUGGCGGCCGACCUGAGCGGCCGCCUGGAGGGCCUCCAGGGCAUGGAUAACGAGGACGCCGCCGUGCUGGUGCGCAAGGCCUACAAGGUGUACCGCAGCAAGUCCCUGUUCCGGAAGACGGUCAACAACCAGGUGAUCCAGGGGCUGGACAUGACGGUGCGCCGCGGCACCAUAUACGGCCUCCUGGGCGCGAGCGGCUGCGGCAAGACCACCAUGCUCAAGUCCAUCGUCGGCCAGGACAAGCUCACCAGCGGCGAGGUGCGCACCCUCGGCCGCACUCCCGGGGCGCCCGGCUCGGGGGUCCCCGGCGCCGCGGUGGGGUACAUGCCGCAGGAGCUGGCGCUGUACAUCGGCUUCACCAUCGGCGAGACGUUUCGCUACUUCGGCUGGCUCUCGGGGAUCCCCAAGGAGGAGCUGGCCCUGAGGACGGCGUCCUUGAUCAAGUUCCUCGACCUGCCCCCCGCGCACUGCGUCAUCGGCCAGCUCAGCGGCGGCCAGCAGAGGCGGGUGUCCUUCGCCGUGGCGCUGCUGCACCAGCCCCCACUGCUCAUCCUGGACGAGCCCACCGUCGGCGUGGACCCCUUGCUGCGGCAGAGGAUAUGGGGCCACCUGAUGGACAUCACGGCGGACGGCAGCACCACGGUCAUCAUCACGACGCACUACAUCGAGGAGGCGCGGCAGGCCAACACGCUGGGGCUGAUGCGGGAGGGCGUGCUGCUGGCCGAGGACGCCCCCGACCGCCUCCUGGAGCGCUACCACUGCAGCAACAUGGAGGACGUGUUCCUGAGGCUCAGCGUCCUGCAGACUAGGAACAACAGGAACUCGCGGCGGGACGACGCGGACGCCGCGCUGGCGCAGGAGGAGCAGGGCGAGGCGCAGGACCGCAGCGCGCGCAGCGUGCUCGUGCCCACCAUCACCGAGCAGUCCGUGUCACCACCGCCUCUCACAGCGCUGCCGGUGCGACGGCGGAAGUCGGCGUCCCCGUCGCAGCUGCCCCUGCCGCUGGCACCCCUGCCCUUCGGCCGGAAAGGCUCCGGCACCGCCAGGAAGGCGACGAGCUCGGCGACGCGCAUGGCCUGCUUGCUCUGGAAGCACGUGCUGUGGAUGCGGCGCAACGUGCCGAUGGUGUGCUUCUUGACGCUGCUGCCCGUGGUGCAGUGCAUGCUGUUCGGGCUGAGUGGCCGCGACCCCAAGGGGCUCAAGCUGGCCGUGGCCAACGACGAGGGCCUCUGCGGGGCGCCGGGGCUGGACUCGGUGGACACGUUCAACUGCAGCAACCCCAGCCUGCUGUCGUGUCGGUACAUCAACAUGCUGCAGCGCAUGGAGUUCGACACUCUCAUGUUCGACUCGCUGGUCAGCGCCAAGGGUGCGGUGGAGCGGGGGAAGGCCUGGGCCGCGCUGCACUUCCCGGCCAACUUCACCGACAACAUCUUCGCCCGCAUCAACGACGGCCAGCACGCCUCCAACGAGACCCUCCUGGGCUCCGAGGUCAACGUCUGGCUGGACAACUCGAACUCGUACAUCACGACGCUCAUGCAGACCGACAUGUCGUACGGCACGGUGGACUUGCUGCAGCAGAUGCUGUCCCACUGCGACUUCAACCCUGCCGUGGCGGGGAUCCCAGUGCGGUUCGAGACCCCCGUCUACGGCCUCUUCAGCACCGAGUUCUUGGACUUCUCGGCGCCGGGGUGCACCCUGACGCUCGUCUUCUUCAUGUCGGUGGCCUCCGCCGUCGGCGCCAUCCUGUCCGAGAAGAACGAGGGCCUGCUGGAGAGGAGCCUUGUCAUGGGCGUGACGAUGAGGGAGGUGAUGUGGUCGCACAUCGUCAUCCAGACCGGCAUGAUGAUCCUGCAGACCAUCAUCGUGCUCGUCGGCUUCCUGGAGAUCCUGCAGGUCACCAACGACGGCCCCAUCUUCUGGGUGGUGCUCCUGUGCAUGCUGCAAGGUUUCUGCGGCAUGUGUCUGGGCAUGCUGGUGUCCAGCCUGACCAACUCGGACCGGGACGCCACGUUCGUGGCGCUGGGCUCCUUCUUCCCCUUCAUCGUGCUGAGCGGCAUGAUGUGGCCCAUCGAGGGCAUGCACCCCUGGCUGCGGCGCAUGGGCUGGGCGCUGCCGCUCACGCUCGCCACCACCUCGCUGCGCUACAUGAUGGCGCGCGGAUGGAGUCCCGGCCCCGCGCACCCCGACGUCGUCUACGGCUUCCUGUCCACCAUCGCCUGGAUCGCCAUCUUCCUCACGGCCGUGCUGUUCGUCCUCAGGCCCACGCACUCGCGGUGAACGGCGACCGCGGCGAACCGCGGCCAACGCCAGGACGCCGCUCUGUCUCUCUCGCACCUGUACGGGCGAAGCCCCGAAUGCGAGAGAGACAGAGCGACGAAAACGACUUUCGGAAUCUGUCGGCAGGGUGGCUGAGUGUGCGCGCGCGUGUGUCUGUAUGUAUGUGCGUGUCAAUUAAUUGUGAUGGUUACUCGAAAGGCUGUGUGAGCGAGAACGUGAAAGGGCCAGGCUCGCCGGGCCAGGCGGUCUACACACUGGUGCUUCACGGCAGGGCAUUCCCCGCCAUAUUCUCAUUGUGUGUGUCUGUUGUAAAGUUGAUUUGGAAGCUGUGUCGAAUCCUCCAAAAUUUCAGUCCUAAAGACUCUAGAAUAGUACUUGUGAAACAAUGUGGGUUAAAAUUAAAUCAAAGGUUAGACGUGGACUGGGUGGUGUUUAUAAGAGAAGAGUUGUACUUUUUGUGCAGAAAUAAAAGUCUAAGUUGCUCCAAAAUAAUUUAAAAAAAAAAAAAGAAA